CAGCCUUUCCAAGGUGCAGCCACCAUGCUCUUGGCAGACUGAUGAUGGAAGAAAAGGAAACUGGGAGAUCCUGUGUUCUGGUUUCCCUGGACGAUGGAUGGAGGACAGCCCGUCCCUUCACCCCUAGCGCCCCUUGGGAACACAUUGUCAGAUUCUAGCAUGUCUCUGGAGCAGAAAACCACAUUUGUUUUUGUGAUUUUGUUGUUUAUUUUCCUGGGGAUUCUCAUCGUCAGGUGCUUCCGGAUUCUUCUGGACCCAUAUCGGAGCAUGCCGACCUCGACCUGGGCUGAUGGACUUGAAGGCCUGGAGAAAGGGCAGUUUGACCAUGCCCUUGCUUAGCAGGACAGAGACAGGAUCCCCUCCUGAGGAGGUGAAGUGCUGCAUGUCUUG